UCAACGACAGUCGGCAAUUGCUAAGCUACAAAUCACCAUUGAAUCAUAUCAUCAGCAAAACGAAACGCAAUGUAUUACAAUCAUCCUUUGUUCAGUUUCAACGUUAAAAUGUGGAAAUAUUUGGGUUUCAUAGAGUUUAAGAGAAUCAAUCAGGCUCUGCUCAUACUCAUCAUUCCGUGUCUGAUUAAUAUGUGUCAGGUUAUGAAUAUUGCCUACAAUUGGAACGACAUGAGCGUAAUUGCCAUUGGCCUAUUCAUGACUGCUAUUUUGUUUAAUGCUCUGGUGCGUAUUACAACCGUGAUGAGGAAUCAAUCGAAAUUUAUAGAAUUUUUUGAAAUGAUUGAACAAUGGUAUCGAGAAAUUGAGAUGGGACCGGAUGACGGAGCAUGGGAUUUAUUGAAACAUAUACCGCGAAGAACGCGUCUUAUUUCUAUUUUAAGUUUUUCAUUUGCUGCCGGGGCAGCUGUGGCUUCAGCAACAAUUCCACUGUUUUUGGAGCAACGAAGUUUACCAUACGAUAUGUACAUCCCGUUUUAUGACCACCUAAAAAGCCCAAUGUACGAAAUCCUCUAUUUUAUGCAGGGUUUCAUCUCGAUGCCCUUUUGUGUGCUGACUUAUGUUCCCUUUACAAAUCUCUUCAUUGCCUGGCUAACAUUUGGAAUAAGUCUGCUGCAGAUUCUACGUUACAAAUUAGAGUCAUUGCCACAUGAAAAUGAUGAGGAAAUGUUGAAACAAUUAAUUGAAUUGAUACGAUUUCAUCAUCGAAUUAUGAAUUUUGGCCAGACAUUGGAAAGUUUGGUGUCAUUUGUAUGCCUCGUGGAAUUGGUAUUAUUCACCCUAAUGUUGUGCGUUCUCCUGGCCAGUUUUCUAGUGAUGGACAAUGUCAUGUCGAAAAUAGCAACAUGCAUUUACAUAUUUUGUAUUCUCUAUGCCCUGUUCAUUCCCUACUGGCAUGCCAAUGAAUUUUCAUGGGAAAGCACAAAAAUUGCCGAUGCUGCCUAUAAUAUAAAAUGGACGAGAUCCAAUAUUAAGAUACGAAAAUGUAUUGCAAUGCUAAUAUUGCGCAGCCAAACUCCGCUAAAGAUAAAGGCUGGUGGAAUAUUUCCUAUGACUUUGGAGGCAUUUCAAGCUUUGUUGAAUACCACAUAUACGUAUUUUACCAUGUUUAAGGGAAUGAUGGGCAAAGAGCCCAACGUGCAUGAUAGGGGCCAGUAAAUUAUGGUUAUGUUAUUAGCUCAGCACGUUUUUGUAGUUCAAUUAUUAAUAGUUUUUGCACUGGUCACCGAUGAAAAUAUAUGAAAAGUUCAAUGAUUAUAAGUAAAAAUUAUGGUUGACAAUUCUAUAAACAAACAUGUUAACAACUUGUUUGAUGGCCUACUAUCGCGCUAUUUGCUUAAAAUAAACGGUAUUUUCAUCCAAGUAAUGGCCAUGUGUCCUAUGUUAAGAAUUUGCUUAGAGUACAAUUCACGCUUAUUAAUUGAAAAUUGAGGAAUUUAAUUGGAAAUUUUAGAGUUCGUAAUGAGAACGACAGUCCAUGCCAAAAAAAAUUGUCUAUGCAGGCACAGAUCUUCGUAUAGGCCACAUAUAUCAGUACCUUCCUAUAUUCGUUAUUUUGACGAUUUUAGGUACAAUAUUUACCGAAAUUGUUUGAAAUUUCCUAUUUGAUGUUCGUAAUAGGUACUACACUCCCUAUAUUCUGUAUUUUUUAAUUAUCUUAGCUACAUUAUUCACGGGAUUUUUUUUUCAAGAUUCGUAUUGUGAUGGCUAAUGACAAAAAUUGCCUAUGCAGGUCCAUGUCUUCGUAUAUACCCCAAUAUAACGGCUUUAUUCGGUAUUUUUAAGAUUUUAACAGAAUUAUUAAUAGAUUUUAUUUCUUUUUUUUGUAAUUUCCAAGUUUGUUCCAAAUGGUGGAGGUUAUUCAAGGUUCUGUCCGGCCGAACUUAAACCUUUUUUAAUUGUUAAUAUUUUAAAAUCCCAUUGGAAUAUUUUUAUUCCCCUCGGGAAUGAUUGUAAAAAUAUAAACAUUCCAUCGAAAUUUGCUAAUUAUAAUUAUCAAUUAUUAGUGAUUUGUUUUUAAGAAAACAAAUAUUUUCGUAUCAAUGCUUAACUUUACAAAAUAGCUAAUUAAUAUAAAUUAAUUUAAAUAAUUUGAUUACGCUUAUAAGCACGCUGGUAUUUCCUAACAAAACAGAAUAAAGCAUUCAAUAGCGUGCGUCAAACCGAAUGCCCUUAUUUGGAAAAUUUUUCAAAUCGAAAAUAUACGCAACCACCUACCAGACUAA